AUGCCAGAUCUAAACUCCGUGCCUCCUUCGCCUCACGUGCUAGCAAGCGGCACGCAUUCUCGUCGCCAGUCGGCCAACCUACAAGCCGCAACGUCGCCGUCUUCGACAUCUGUCAACAUCCUGCCGUCCAACCAGGCCGCCGUGAACCAGCAGAUCCCCUCGCAAGCCUUGCCGUCGCCCGGAUUCCCGCCGCAAUCGCCCAUGAGUCCCCCGGCAGAUGCUGCAGUCGGGCCAGGCCCGGGCCCUCUACGACACCCAAGACCGCUGACGGCUUCCGAGCUUCAUAUGCAGCUGGAAAAGGAGCAGGAGGCAGUGGUGAAUCGUCUGACCCGUGAACUCUCCAUUUUGCGUGCUGCCCACAAUGCGUCUGUCGUUUCAAACACGUCCUCGACGUCCAACGCUGCCUCUUCCCAUGACCCCAUUGUCGAAUCUUCGCUUUUGUCUGGCUCUGGCUUCUCGAUUCCUACCGCACGCCGCCAUCACAGAACCUCUUCUUCCACGUCCCAGACCUUCCCCAGCUUUGUUUCCUCGUACGACGCUCGAGCCCGGCCAUCCCACCCCGCAUCGCUCUCGCGGCAGAAUAGCAGUGCUUCGCGUCGAAGCCAGACAGGAUCGCCGGCACCAGCCAGCUCGAUAGACCCGUCCAACUAUUUCCAUCAACAGAGAGUCCCGGCCGCCGCCUCCAACUCCAUCAUGAUGAGCUCUGUCGUGGCUACUCCUGGCAGCUCCAUUUUAGGUGACCAGAUGAGCCCUGGGUUGAUGCCCGCGACGCUGCGAUACGAGGAGACGGCAUUUUACCGACAAGAGCUGGACAAUGCAAAGAAGGAGAACGAGGCGCUCAAGAGACGCAUUCGAGAGCUUGAACGAGUCGUCCGUGAGAGGCGAUCGAGCGAUGCAAGCCGCAAUAGAAGUGAUAGCGCGAGCACUACAGCUAGCGCCAGCGUGGCCCCGGGUGGUGGCGUCAGUAUUGCGGGCCCUCGAGAGAGCAUCUACGGCCAUGGCCGAGAUCGUGAGCGCGCUAUGCAAAGCUCGACGAGCCUGGCUGGAGGCGUGAGCAUCGGAGUUUCUGAUGAAGAGGUCAAGGUUGGCGAGAGCGCUGCUAGU